AUGGAGCUGCUUGAAGAAGAUCUCACGUGCCCAAUUUGUUGCAGUCUGUUUGAUGAUCCUCGAGUUUUGCCUUGCUCGCAUAACUUUUGCAAAAAAUGCUUAGAAGGGAUCUUAGAGGGGACCGUGCGGAAUUCGUUGUGGAGAUCAUCUCCAUUCAAGUGCCCUACAUGCCGUAAGGAAACUUCAGCUACUGGAGUCAAUAGCCUGCAGGUCAAUUACUCCCUGAAGGGUAUUGUGGAAAAGUAUAACAAGAUCAAGAUCUCUCCCAAAAUGCCUGUGUGCAAAGGACACUUGGGGCAACCCCUCAACAUUUUCUGCCUGACUGAUAUGCAACUGAUUUGCGGGAUCUGUGCUACUCGUGGUGACCACACCAAGCAUGUCUUCUGUUCUAUUGAAGAUGCCUAUGCUCAGGAAAGAGAUGCCUUUGAGUCCCUCUUCCAGAGCUUUGAGACCUGGCGUCGGGGAGAUGCUCUUUCUCGCUUGGAUACCUUGGAAACUAGCAAAAGGAAAUCUCUACAGUUACUGACUAAAGAUUCAGAUAAAGUGAAGGAGUUUUUUGAGAAGUUACAACAUACAUUAGAUCAAAAGAAGAAUGAAAUCCUGUCUGACUUUGAGACCAUGAAACUGGCAGUUAUGCAAGCCUAUGACCCAGAGAUCAACAAACUCAACACCAUCUUGCAGGAACAACGAAUGGCCUUUAACAUUGCUGAGGCUUUCAAAGACGUGUCAGAACCCAUCAUAUUUCUGCAACAGAUGCAGGAGUUCAGGGAGAAAAUAAAAGUAAUCAAGGAAACUCCUUUACCUCCCUCGAAUUUGCCCACAAGCCCUUUAAUGAAGAACUUUGAUACCAGUCAGUGGGAAGACAUAAAACUAGUAGAUGUGGAUAAACUUUCUUUGCCUCAAGAUGCUGGCACGUUCGUUAGUAAGAUUCCCUGGAGCUUUUCUCAGUUAUUUGUGGUAGUCAUUCUGCUCAGCCUUCUCAUUUUCUUUGGUCCCACCAUAUUCCUAGAAGGGUCUUUAUUUGAUGAAUUCACAACUUGGAAAGACUGCCUCUCCAACUUCAAUUCCUAUCUGGCUAAAUCAGCUGAUUUUGUAGAACAAUCAGUGUUUUAUUGGGAACAGGUGACAGAUGGAUUUUUCAUUUUCAGUGAAAGAUUUAAGAAUUUUACUUUGGUGGUGCUGAACAAUGUAGCAGAAUUUGUGUGCAAAUAUAAACUAUUAUAA